AUGUAUCCAGAAAUGACUAGAGAAACUGAUCCAUUAUUGAAAAAUAAACCACAACCAAAACCAAAACCAAAACCAAAACCACAAUCACUGGUAAAUCCAUUGUUUAAGAAAUUGCUAACAAUUGUCAUUCCAUUAUCAUUAAUUAUUAUAUCUAGUUAUUAUAUCAUGACACAUCAACACCACCACCAAAACAAUAGUGAUGGACCUAAUUUAAAUUUACGAUUAUAUACUAAUAAUAUAAGAUUUGAUAAUAAGAAUUAUCCUGAUAAAUAUGAACAACCAUGGGAAAUUAGAAAAAUUCAAAGUAUUAAUUCUAUGAAAUUUAAUACUUUCCAAGGUAAUGGUAAUAUUAUUUGUUUACAAGAGGUUUUACAUAACCAAUUAUUAGAUAUUUUAGAAGGAUUAAAUGAAAUUGAAGAAUGGAAUUAUUAUGGAGUUGGUAGAACUGAUGGGAAAACAUCUGGUGAAUAUGCUCCAAUUUUUUAUAAGGAUAAAGAUUUUAAAAUUAUUGAAAAUUCGACAUUUUGGUUAAGUCCAACUCCUAAUAUUCCUAGUAAAGGUUGGGAUGCAGCAUUAGAAAGAAUUGUUACUAUGGUUACUUUUGAAAGUCGAUUAAACCCUCAAAUAAAAUUUAAUAUUUUUAAUACUCAUUAUGAUCAUCGAGGAAUUAUUGCUAGAAGAAAAUCUUCCCAAUUAAUUGUUGAUAAAAUGAAAAAUUAUAAUGAUUAUCCAUCAUUUUUAUGUGGGGAUUUUAAUACUGAACCAAAUGAUGAACCUUAUCAUAUUUUAACUACAGCUGGGUUUAAAGAUGGGAAAAUAUUAAUUGAUAAAAAUUCAGCUUAUGGAUUUGAAACUACUUUUACAGGAUUUGAUAUUAAUAAUGAACCAAUUUCUAGAAUUGAUUAUAUUUGGUCUCCAGCUUUCACUCAUACUUCAUUAAGUUCAGAAAAUGAAACAGGAAAUGAUUCAGAUGAUACUUAUGAAGUUACUUUAAAACAAUUUGGAAUCUUGAGUAAUUGGUUUAAUGGACAUCAUUUCUCUGAUCAUCGUCCAGUUGUGUCAACUUAUGAAUUAAGAAAGAAAAAAUAA